AUGGAUUCCAUGUUCUCGCAGUUCCACAAUGGCGGUCACAUGCCGGGCCAAGACGGGCUGCCGCGCCACUUCAUGGCCGACAUGGGCGACCUUAGUGGUGCGCCGGGCUUCCCACCCGGAGCUCCCCUCUUCGGCUCCGCCAUGGCUGCGGCCGCUGACAAGCCCACCGCCGCGCAGGCCGCCGCGGGCCGCCUGCAGCGCGCCUCCGCGCGGCAGGCGGCCAAGGCGGCGAUGACGCAGAAGAGGAAGGCGCAGGCGCAGCGGAAGAGGCCCGCCGCAGCCGAGGCCGACGAGGACGACUCCGACGACGGCGAGGACGCGUCCGUUCCCACCAAGCCGCACGAGAUCGCCAAGAGCAAGUACAACCACGUGGAGGACGAGAAGGAACGAAAGCGCCUCAAGCGCCUCCUUCGGAACCGCGUGAGCGCUCAGCAGGCUCGCGAACGCAAGAAGGCAUACAUGUCCACCCUCGAGGACGAGAGGCGAAACAUGGAGACCAAGAUGGCCGAGUUGGAAGCCAAGAUCAACACGCUGGAGAGGGAGAACUUCAUGCUUAGGCAGGUGGUGAAAAACGCCACGCAGGGGAAGACGGGGGGCAAGGGUGGCCAGGACCACGAGGUCCCCGCGUAA